GAGUGAGAAAAAGCCCAGCGCCAAUCACUCUCUCGACCCCAUCGGCCGAUCCCCUGAUCCCCUCAGUCCUCGGCGGCGCCGUCCGCCGCCCUGCUCCGCCGUCGAUCUCUCCAUCCGCCGCUCCAAUCGGCCGAUCCGAGCUUCGGUGAUGGCUCCGCCGCGGCCGCGCUCCCCGCCGACGACCCGGGCCAUGCUGGCGCGCGCCGCCGCGAGCUCCGACAGGAUCCCCCCGGACGUGCUGUUCGACGUCCUGCUGAGGCUCCCGGCGAGGGACCUCUGCCGCCUCCGCGCCGUCUCCCGCUCGUGGCGCGCCCUCGCCUCCGACCCGCUCUUCGUCGCGGCGCACGCGGAGCGCCAUGGGGAGCCCCUCUUCCUGGCCAAGUUCCGGGACGACAUGACGAGCGUCUACGUCGUCGAUCUCUCCGGCGGCGUCGUGAAGCGGAUGGGGAUCGCCGCCGGCGCGGGCAGCGGCCCUUACCACCGGCUGCUCCGCACGCGCCUGGACCUCGGCUGCCUGGCCACUGACUGGAACAGAUGCAGCGUUCUAGACCCGGCGACCGGAGCUGUUCACGUCCUGCCGGAGAGGCCGGCGGAGGAGCAUGCCAAUUGUGUCAACUUGAGCAAUCCUUACACCUUCUUCGCGCUCGGCCAGGUCGCCUCCACGGGAGAGCACAAGGUGCUCCGGAUGUUCAACCGGCUUGGUUUCCACAACGGCGGCCAGCAGAUCUUUGAGGUGUUCACCAUCAAUGGCGGUACCGGUCAUGCGCGGUGGAGAGGACGGCAGGGCCCUGGUCUCUUCAUUGACGAGUGCAGCAGUGUUGUCGUUGAUGGGGUUGUCUAUUUCUUGACGAGCAGAGUUUAUGAAGGUGCCCGUUGCGGGAUUCGACCGGACUAUAUUGUGUCGUUCGACCUUGGAAGAGAGGAUUGGAGGAGAGAUCUCCGCGGCCCGAUAAGUAGCAAUGUUGGAUAUGCGAAGGUGUCACUUUACAUGAGACGCCAACUCGCUUUGGCUGAGCUGAAAGGUUCUCUAGUUGUUGCAGACCACCGUCUCCAUCCGCUUACCAUGGACCUAUGGUUUCUGUCGGACUUUGAGAGUGGGCUCUGGGUGAAACAGUACCACAUUUGGAUUGAAUCGUUAAACUUGAGGUCAGCAGAUGAGUACCAUCUUAAACCAUUGUUGAUGUUAGAUGACGGGAGGUUGGUCCUAUAUCUGGCACCUACAGGAUGGAUGUUCAUAUGUGACCCAGGAACCAGCACUUUUGCCCAACUGGAUAUGAAAUGUCUUGAUUCAGUUGCUGUGUACACGGGAAAUCUCUUGAGUUCAGAAGAGGGUGAGAGGGUGUAGUAUUGUCAGGGCUUCAUCAAUUCAUAGUUACCCUUCCCCUAGCUUUCAGCGUUGAAUGUUGUAUGAAUGUUGCUAAUGGUGGAUGGGGUUAUUGUACAUCUGUGAAGGUGGCUGAUGUUCCCAUUUCCCUAUCCCUCUCUAUUACUUUAGAAUUAAGGCAUGCUUGUGCACAAAUAUUUGAGCAAUUUAUCUAGGUGCGGCGGUACAUGUUUCUGCAGCACCAAGAGUUGUGGGCAUGUAUUGUAGCUGUGCACUUUGUGUUACUUUGAGCAAAUCUUGAAAUGCUUGUCUGUAUUACUGAGGCUCGAUUAAUUAUUGUCCAUGAUAUUA